AUGCAGAGAAGAGAGGUCAGAUGUUCCUUGCGCAGCAGAUUCUUCAACAUGAGCAUGUGGACAAGCCCACGGAGACUCCUAGAACUGGCUGUGCAGAGCCUGCUGAGGAGUGAAGCCUUGACCAUCACUGCUCUGGAGGAGCUGCCCAGGGAGCUCUUCCCACCACUGUUCACAGCAGCUUUCACCGGGAGACACAGCAAGAUCCUGAAAGCGAUGGUGCAGGCUUGGCCCUUUGCCUGCCUCCCUCUGGGUUCUCUGAUGAAGGAAGAGCAGCCUCCCUGGGAAGUCUUCCAAGCUAUGCUGGAUGGACUCGAUGUGCUGCUUGCCCAGAAGGUUCGCCCCAGGAGGUGGAAACUACAAGUGCUGGAUUUACGGACGAAUGCUCAUCAGGACUUCUGGCCUAUAUGGUCUGGAACCAGGGUCAGUGUGUGCUCAUUGCUGGAACCAGAAGCAGCCCAGCCCAUGAGGAAGAAGCGAAAGGUGGAUGGUUCAAGCAUGGGGGCAGUGCAGCCAUUGGGUCCUGUGGAGGUGCUCGUAAACCUGUCCUUAAAGGAAGGCACCAUGUCCCUCAAGGAAGGCGCCAUGUCCCUUAAGGAAGAUGCCCAAGAUGCAUUGCUUAAAUACCUCAUUGAGAAAGUUAAGAAGAGGAAAGGUUUACUACACCUGUGCUGUCAGAAGCUGAGUAUUUUUGCAAUGCCAAUGCAGAAUAUUAAGAUGAUCCUGAAAAUGGUACAGCUGGACUCUGUUGAAGAUUUGGAAGUGAAUUGUACCUGGAAGCUAUCUACCUUGGGGAAGUUUUCUCCUCACCUGGGCCAGAUGAGUAAUCUGCGUAGACUCCUUAUCUCCCACAUCCAUAUGUCUUCCUACACAUCCUCAGAGAAGGAGGAGCAGUGUAUCACCCAAUUCACCUCUCAGUUCCUCAGUCUAAACCAUCUCCAGGUGCUCUAUUUGGACUCUAUCUCCUUCCUGAAAGGCCGCCUGGACCAAAUGCUCAGGUGCCUGAAGAGUCCCCUGGAGACCCUCUCAUUAACCAAUUGCCUGCUUUCAGAAGCAGAUUUGAUUCAUCUGUCCCAGUGCUCCAAUGUCAGUCAGCUAAAUAACCUAAGUCUGAGUGGAGUCACACUGACCAAUAUAAGUCCUGAACCCCUCCAAGUUCUGCUGGAGAGAAACUCCACCACUCUUCAGGAUCUGGACUUGGAUGAGUGUGGGAUCAUGGACUCCCAAUUCAUGGUCAUCCUGCCUGCACUGAGUCACUGCUCCCAGCUUAAGACCUUCAGCUUCAGUGAGAACCCCAUCUCCAUGUUCGUCCUGGAGGACCUCCUGCGCCGCACCAUUGGGCUGAGCAAGCUCAGCCAUGUGCUGUAUCCUGCCCCACUGGAGAGUUAUGAGGAUGUUGGAGGUACCCUCCAUGUGGGGAGACUUGUAUAUCUGCACACCAAGCUGAGGCAGAUGCUACAUGAGUUAGGGCGGCCUGGCAUGAUCUGGUUCAGUGCCAACCCCUGUCCUCGCUGUGGGGACAGGACCUUCUAUGACCUGGAGCCCAUCCUGUGCCCCUGUUUAAUGCGUGCCUAG